GAAGAGGAAGAGGAAGUUGGGGAGGGUCCUAGCGGGGAGUGAACCGGAAGUGUAAGCGCUCCAGCUUCUUCUCCGCUGGACUGAACCUGCUCGGUUGGGCCCGGUGGCUGCAAAAGAACUUUCUCCCGCCCCAACGGUCGCUGCGGCCAACUGCCUCGCCCGCCUGGCAGCCUCCCCCGCCUUCUCUUCUCCUCUCUGGCUCCGCGCGGGCCCGUCUCCCUCUCGCCCGGCAGUAUCCGCUUGCUCCUGCCACCACCUCCUCGUCUUCUGCCCGGCUAACCGGCCCGCCCAGCUGCAGUGAUGUGCGACAAGGAGUUCAUGUGGGCCCUGAAAAACGGGGACUUGGAUGAGGUGAAGGACUACGUGGCCAAGGGAGAAGAUGUCAACCGGACACUAGAGGGUGGAAGGAAACCUCUUCAUUAUGCGGCAGAUUGUGGGCAGCUUGAAAUACUGGAAUUCCUGCUGCUGAAAGGAGCAGACAUUAACGCUCCAGAUAAACAUCAUAUCACCCCUCUUCUGUCUGCUGUCUACGAAGGUCACGUCUCCUGUGUGAAAUUGCUUCUGUCGAAGGGUGCUGAUAAGACUGUGAAAGGUCCAGAUGGACUAACUGCCUUUGAAGCCACUGACAACCAGGCAAUCAAAGCUCUGCUCCAGUGACGGGCGGACGGCUGACAGCUCUGGAAGAACGCCUCUCCUGUGGCCUCACACUGCUGCCUGUCUGUCUGUCUCUAUCUGCCGGCUUCUUCAGCUAAACACUUCAAGAGGGGUGAGGGGGGAGAGAGAUUCAUAACAAACCAGAUUACCGGGGAAAACAAUGUUUUGGAGGAGAGGAAAAAAUCAUGAUCAGGCUUUUACUAGAAUUCCUGAUCAAGUCAUCCUCUUUUCCAUUUCAAAAAAAAAAAAAAAAAUACACAGCUUAUACCCAAGGGAGAGCAAAGACAAAACAUACCAUGACAUUUGACCUUCUCAGCCCCUAGCUAAGGUAUCAAUCCGACUGUGUCGAGGGUCUGAUGCUCAAAGGCCAACUACCCUAUUUGGCGGCCCUCGCUGCGAGCAGCAGCGGCUGCUGCGAUGUAAACCUAGGGUGCUGAGAUAAGCAACUCGCUCUAGCCUUCUGCCUUAAGGUGCACUCUGCGGGACUCUCCCGGCGUAGUUCAGAGCGCUGCCUGUGGUUGGUGACCAAAUCUCCCCUCGGGGACUCUCCUGGGCGUCACGCGAGAGCUCGCUUCGGGUCAGGAGGGGCGCACUCCUAAACUGCUAGGUGACUGAACUUUGGGUUUCCUCUCCCCUUUCAAACGGAUCUCAUGUAUCUUUAGGUAAAACUGACUAGUUUUAUUUAUAAAAUCUUAAAUUUUGGAAGUCUAUAGGAGAAACCAUUCCAGUAUGCCUGUUUUUCUUCUCCUCUAGAUUCACCCAUUUAUAUAACAUUGAAACACUUUUAAACUCCUGCUGGUCGUAAAAGGGGAUGUAAAGGUAGAAUCAUAGCCAUACGCCUGUUCGUGUCCUGCAGAGAGAGCAGCUGUCUGAGGGCCUGUGGGUUGGUCUUCCCCGCUGGCCCUGGGAGCGGAGUGGCCUCGGUUCUGUGUGGGGCGCGGGGCCGCUGCCGCUGCCUCCCUGUGCCCAAGCUCCUGCUGGGGCGAGGCCGACUUAGGGAGCGCAUUUCACCCCAUCUCCUCUCAAACAUGCUUGUGACCUGGUCUCCCCAAGUUGUCGAUCAGCUUCUGCUGAACAUACGCCGACCCACCCGCAUAGUAUAUUUUUGUCUCUUUUCUAAAUCAUGCAUUGUGGAAAGUGUGACACCUUGAAAAUAUAUUCUGUGUCUUUAAAUACCUGCUCUAAAAGGUUCUUACGACCUGCAGAAAAUGUUUAGACACAUUUUCAUGUUUAUUUCAUGAACAGUAUAACUAAUUAAAACAUACACCCUUAAAUUUGGCUGUUUUGCAUUUAAAAUACCAAGAUUCCUUUCCCACCCAUAUAAGCCACUAAAAAUAUUAGGAUUUUUCCUUAGCCACAUCAUGCAAUAAUUGAAUGUACCUCAAAUUUUUAAAAAGGGAGGGUGGGUUAGGGAUGUGUAUCAGAUUGUGGAUAAUAAAGAAUUAUGGAUUUUUUUUCAGGCAGUGUAGCAUUCAGCGGCAGUUAAACUAUCAAGAACAGGCAGCCUGGCUAUUAACAAAUCUUACCGAUCAGUUGCUGAUUGGUUGGUUGGGAGGGGGUGUAUGUAUUUUUCCCUGUGAACCCUUUUUUUAAUCCUGAGGCUUUUUUCACUUACAACUAGCCUAACCCUGUAAUUUUUCUGCAUCCAAAAAACAAUCACAAAAUGGUGGCUUAAAUACUUUGAUACGUUUGGCUAAUUCUGCUGCCUUAUUGCGGCCUAUUAGAGUCAGGGUCAAAGUCAGUAGUCAGUCCUUCAUUGCAUCACUGAACUGAAACCUGGAGCUAUCCUCACUGAAGACGGGGGGCACUCUCUCAGUCUUUACUUGUCACGUCGUGACAGGGUGUUUUGAUAUCUCUGUUUUCACCUCUUGGCACAUUGUGAUCUAAAAGGCUUGCUUGGAUUUCAUCCUCCACACGGUGUUGACCUUCACACCCUAAGCGUUACGCUGCAGUUGGCCAUUGCAGAGAGUGCUCUGUCCCGCCGUUCCUAACCCUGGUCUGCUUUCCACAGUCAGCGGCGCAGAGGCCGCGUGACGGUUUGUGCAGCUCACCCCGUGUUCCUCGUGAUGCGGUAGAGGCUGCUUCGCCGCCCUCUCUCAGCCGUUUUGUAAACCCCUAACUAUGAAGAGGUUGCUUGAGAAAAUAACAUACAAACAUAGAAUAGACUGACCAAGAUGGUUUACAAUUUUUUUUAAGCUAGGUUAUUUAUAAUGUUAUUUCAGAACCACUUGGCAGAAAAAUUCACAACACUUAAUGUUCAUAUUUUGAGUACAGGAAGUUAAAACCAUGUCUGCUUUUUGGUACUACAUGCAUUAGUGAAAGGUUAAGUAAGGUUUUUUUUUUUUUUUCUCCACUGAAGUAAUAUUUAACAUCUCAGCAAAAACCUUGCAUGUUAUGUAGUUUUGUAUCAAGUCAGUCAUUUCGUAUGCACUAUAGCAAUUAAAAACAGGUGUAUGAGGCACCUGAGUGUUUACUAUACUAUUAGUAUACUAACAGGUUCCCCCUUGCAGCUUCACACUGGUAUCUACAGACGUGGGGUUCAGACCCAGCACCGGAGUGCGCCCGAGUAGCCCUCCUACACGCGGCUCACCUUCCACACCCAGCGGGGCGUGAAGCAGAGGGAGGUGGGUCCGUGUGUGGAAGCUGCAAGCAAGUGGCCCCUUAUUCCAUUGGUUUCUUUCUCCCCAGUCACGGAGUUCAAAUCUGUAUGUACCUCUUUGGUUUUCUUCCUUCAGCCUUCAACUGAGCUGCUGUUCUCUUCCAUGCAACAUUGUAUACUCGACUGUGUAUAGAAGCUGGUGAGAGUGCCCUCCUACAUAAGCAAUUGCAGUGUUUUGCAUGCAAAAUUUUAAAAAUUUAAAUGGUCCUGAUUCUAUUUUGUAAAUGGAGAAACAAUCAUAUCUUUCUAAGCAGUAACGGAGGAAGACUAGUGCUUUGUGCAUUUUGAUAUAUUUGAGUUCAUUUUUUCCACAACGUAAUACUUUUGACACCAUUGGGUUUCUCAUAUUACUCUAGUUCAUGUACAUCAGAAUGCUAAGUAAUACUGUGUUUAAGUUUUGUGUUGCAAGAACAAAUGGAAUAAACUUGAAUUGUGCUACA